AUGGAAUCGUCAGUAUAUGUUGAUGAUCAAUCACGUCAAAGAAGAGAGAUGAGAUUUACAUCAUCUUUAUUAGCAGCAGUCUACUGCCUUUUGGUGGUAGCUUCUAUCAUAGAAGGACCUACCUUUACACGUGGUGACACUUUGCCCGAGAUUGCGUCGUCCUAUUCAACCUAUCUGUCAUUCAACGAUUAUUUGACAGGUGUUACCUUUGCCGCCAAGGAGUACUACUCGCAAGCAAUCAACGUAUCACGUUUCGAGACAUCACACGACACCUCUGUCGUUGAUUUAAAGAACGAACAAUUCUAUCAGUGGAACAAUAGCAAUCCAACUGUUUGUACCAAAUACCAAGGUGUACCAUACUACCUCAAACCCACUUACACAAGAUAUCAUGACUAUGAUCAAAACUAUACUUUAAAAGGAUUCACAACAAUUGAUAGAGGAAUUAAUUGUACAUGGUAUAGUAAAAGUAUUGAAGUGAGCAUUCCAGGUGAUUCUUUUGUUAGUAAUGUUACAUUCUCCAAUGUUAGUGUUGAAGCUGUUGCAUCACUCAAUCAAAGUUGUGCACUUGUUCUCAAUGACACUGCACUCAAUAUUACUGGUACUUGUAAUGUCACCUUUGCUGGUGCCACCGUAUGCUCCUUUUUCAAUACGACCGAUACUGUUGGCUGUGACUUUGGUGUGCUUUCCAAUUUGACAUCGGUGUACAACUUUUCGGCCAGCGGUGCCGAUGCUUAUGUGACGGCCAACUCGACAACCGAUGCGAUUACUAUUAGUAUCGAGAUCGACCUCUAUCUCGACGCUCAGUCAACUGCUUUGGUGAGACAGACUGUGAAUGGCACAUUCAACAACGAGACGGUUGAGAUUGAUGCUGAUUUGGUCGAUUGGACACCAUCGACCGAGAUGCAACCCGCCCUCUUUGCUCUACCCACCAACUGUGUUGAUGGCGGUAACUACACUGCCCCCAAUUUUACCAGCACCAAGAACAUCACUGCCCCCAUCACAGCAUUGGAUAUCACCAAGUUGCUCAACAACAACUACCAAGUUGUAUUGGAGGAAAAGUUGGACAACAAAACACAAGCUCUCGAAUGGCACAAGGACGCCAGUUACGAGAGUUGGGAGACUGACUAUAGUGUCGGUGGUGAUAUUGUCCAAGUAUACAAUACUGCCAACCAAACUCAAUCAUUCUCUUUUAACAGUUAUACAUUGGCUUGUAACAGUAGUAACGGUAAUAAUACUACUACAUCAGCUCCACUCUAUCAAACUGAUGCACGUCGUAAUAUUGUUUAUCAAAUCCUUGCACUUCAUUCUGUCACUGGUUGGGUAUACGAGACUAGAACAGUUCGUAGAAUGGUCGACACUGACACAUACACUGCCACCUAUACCAACGGCACAACCACCUAUUCCGUCAGACUCUACUUGUUUGUUCCAGGAUGGAAGUUCCCCGGUCGUGAUGGUGUAGACAACAACACGAUUGUCCCAUUGGCCAUCGAAUCCAACACCACCGUCAACGGCACCACCUACUCUGACGCUUGGGAUCUCUUUUGGUACGCACCAGCUGCUUUCCCCGACUCGUACACCACGGCCGACAAGAUUGGAUGCUAUCCAUCGGCUCCAUCAGUGUACAGUGCCACCGUGUCAAUCAAUGUCCAAGAGUACGGUGUUACACUCCAGUUUGACGAGUACUCGAUUGCCAGCCAGUCGUAUGCUGCCAUUGGCAAGUUUGGUCAACCCGCCGACCGCGGUGUCAUCGACUAUGUCGCCCAAACCUACACCCUCGUCACAGGCAAUAGUUCCUGCGCCAAGUAUGUCGUCACUCCAGCCAUCACCUCAUCCUCUAAUGUAGGUCCAUCCACAGCCUACCUCGUGCGUUCCAACGCUAUGGGUGCCACUCAGUUUUUGGGUGUGUCUAGUGUCCGUGGAGUCAACGCCUCUGCAUGGACCACUGCAACCAGUGUAACCGUCGCUGGCACCACCUUUACCCAAACCACCACAUCCACCUACUAUUGGACACGUAACGCAGCUGGUCAAAACGUUCCAGUCCGCGUAGUUGUCGCCGGCAAGGAGACAGACUCUGCCAACGCCACCUAUUCACGUAGUUAUACCACUACAGUCGAUUGGGUCGCCGUCAGCUUUGCUCAACCCAGUCCAAGUGUAUUCGAUGUGUCCAAGUUGACCUGUGUCACCAACGCCACCCUCCCCCAACCAAUCUCCAACAAUCUCUUGCCAACUGCUCGUUACCAAGUGCCCUCUGUCGCUGUCAACGCCACCUUGCCAGUCAUUCCAACCAACUUUACCAUGAUCCUCAAUGUCGCCGUGUCAGACACCAACAACAAUGCCAAGUCACUCAGUGUCAAGUGGACAUAUGACACCGUACACCUUAGCGAAGGUGUCGAAGUACUCAAUCUAGACGGAACUACUGGUGACCGUUACAUAUUCUGUUACACCAAGUCGAUGGGUGGAUCGGGAUACUACUCCAAGAAUGGUAUGACCCAAGCAUUCACUGUCAACCCACAACUCGUCAACCCACUACGCAACAUUGGUGACAGCUCGUUGAGUGCCACCUUUUACCAGACUUCUAUGCAGUCCCAAUACAAACUACUCAACUACCUCUCGUACAAUGGUGUAUCUGCCGAGAAUUGGUUGUGGACACCCAAUACCACCAACCCCAACACCACCUCUUUCUACUGGUAUCCAAGUAACUGGGCCGUCUCUUCUUCAGUAGCCGGUACCAGAGUCCCAUUGGCACUUGUCAACGUUGACAUUUACGCCGUCAAUGGUACAUCCACCACCACCACCGAAACUUGGGAUAUCCUCUCGUACCAACCAGGUGUUGCCACCUUUACCUCCUUUGGCGGUGCCUGUAAACCAGUCGUCUUUGACAAGUUUACCGAUAAUUACAUUGCCGUCGGUACUCUUGUUGUCAUUGUUCUCAUCUGCUCCGUCGUUGCUGUCAUUCUCGCGUUUGCCAGUCUUAGAUACCUCAAAAAGAGAGGUUAUCUCACUCGUUUCGAAGCCAAGUUGUCUCACAUCCGUCUCAAUGAUCAGAACCCGGUCAAUCCAAAUCAAAAGUUUGAUGAUGAUCAAUCAUUAAUGAGAGAGGAAGAACUUUAA